AUGACAUCAACUAACGACAGCGACAAGCUUCGCAAGCACUGCAAAAGCUCUUCAGAUCUUCUCGAUGAGGGCCUAUUGUCACUGAUGCACUGUCCUCCUCUACCGUCCUUUGAAAUGACAGCCUCGUCUUUUCCCUACAUUUCCUCCUCCACGCCAGCAAUGUGCUUUGAGGAUCCCUUUGAUGACCCACGCAUGGAGCCUUUGCCUCUUCUCCCCUGGACUUCAAGUGACAAGCAAAUGCCAUCGACAAAUGAUGCGAGUGGUCUUGAAUCUCCUUUCGUCCAACUGAACAAGUCAUCUGAGGCCACACUUCGACAAGACCUGAUCGACAUCAUGGACCCCAUCAUCAAUGCCGGUGGACCCAAACGAAGUUGCGAAGCCGUCUUCUUCGACAACGACCAGGGCCCGCUCAACGCCAAGCGACAACGGACGAGCCACCUCUUACAAGUCUCCGAGGAAGAAAGCACAGCUCGCUUUCGUCCAUAUCAAGAGACGCAGUGGCAAGAUCAGUUCCAAAAGCUCGUCCAGUACAAGCUAAAGCAUGGACACUGCUCUGUGCCUCACUCUUGCAAAGAAGACCCCAUCCUCGCCCGAUGGGUCAAGAGGCAAAGGUAUCAAUAUAAGAAGUUCAACGAUAACAACCCUACCUCUACGAUGACCACUCGUCGUAUUCAAGUAUUGGAAUCCCUCGGCUUUGUCUGGAAAUCGCACGCCUCCGCAUGGGAAGACAAGCUGAACGAGCUAAAGGCCUUCAAGCAACAGCGAGGCCACUGCAACGUUCCGGCUCACUAUCCAGAGAAUGCUGCACUGUCCACUUGGGUAAAGUCUCAGCGUCGGCAGUAUAAGCUAUAUAUGUCUGGGUCAUCUGCUUCGACUAUGACGAUCGAUCGGCUCCUACAGCUGCAAUCAGUGGAUUUCGUAUUUGAUGCCUCAAGAUGUCAUUCGAAAGGAUGUUAA